UGUCAGCCCAUUUUGUGUAGCUGGCAGUUCAGAGGCUCAGAGCAACGGCCAUGUGCGCUACCGACUGUUCAUCUGUUGUUCGCCUCAACAUCGGAGGGAAGAAAUUUUGCACGACUGUUGAUACAUUGACCCAGCGGGAGCCUGAUUCGAUGCUGGCAGCGAUGUUCAGUGGUCGCCAUACUGUUUUUCAGGACUCCAAUAAUGGAUAUGUAUUUGUUGAUAGAGAUGGGAAACAUUUUCGACAUAUUCUAAAUUGGCUGAGGGAUGGUGUUGUUCCCACAUUAAAAGAUAGUGAAUAUUCAGAGCUUUUGCGGGAGGCUGAAUAUUAUCAGCUACUUGGACUAAUAGCUGGAAUUGGUGAUGUUUUAAAUAAUAAGAGGAAGGAAAAUGAGGAGUUAGAUACUGAAUUGACACGCACAGAUAUCAUCAAAUGCAUACAGUCUGAGAAAGUUAGAUUCCGAGGACUGAAUCUCUCUGGCCUUGAUCUUUCUAAACUGGACCUGUCAUAUGUGGACUUCAGCUAUGCAUGCCUUAAAAGUGUUUUCUUCUCCCGUGCUAACCUUCAGUGUGCAAAAUUCCGGGAUGUGGAUGCUGAGGGUUCCAUUUUUCAUAAUGCAUCUCUGCGUGAAUGUGAAUUUACUGGGGCAAAUCUUCGUGGAGCUUUAUUAGCUGGAGCAAAUCUUCAGAGCGCAAACCUACAAGAUGCUUGUUUGGUUGAUUGUAGCUUCUGUGGGGCUGACUUGCGUUCUGCACACUUACAGACUGCUGAUCUUACCAAUGCCAACUUAGAAGGAGCUAAUCUGGAAGGAGCAAAUCUAAAGGGUGCAAAGUUGAGUAAGGCCAAUUUGAAGGGUGCAAACCUUCAACGAGCUUACCUACGGCAGGUCAAUCUUCGUGAUGCAGAGUCUAUGGAAGGCGCAAAGCUCAAUGGUGCAAAUAUGAUGGGAGCAAUCAGAUGACGUUGAAAUGAGAUUGGAGCCGGAGCCAUAAAAUUUGAUAAGAGGUUAAUAACACUACUCUUGUGAAUAAACCUAUUUCCCUACUUGCGCUUUCCCUCUCUCUUAUUUGUGUGUGGCCCUUGGGGUAAAUCUGGACCAACAGCCCCCUUAUAUGUUAAUAGUGUGUAAUAAUGAUUAUAGGUGUUGGGUACUUUCUAAUGAUUUACAACCAGACCCACCAGCGCAUAUGAAGGAAAAUUGAAAGGGUGUCAUCCUAAUAAUUAUCCACAGUGGCAACGAAAUAAAAGACCUAUUACUUUUAUUUUCCUUC